UAUUAACAGCAGUUUAUGCCUGAAUAGUUGCGGAUUAUUAAUCGCAAAUCAAAUUCUGUUAUCGCGAAGAAGAAAGUGAUUCCCGAAUCAAAACAUGAAACGGAUGCUCUUACUUUUCUUCACACUCAUUGUUGCCGUAAGUGACUGGACAAUGAGCUUCGAAGAUAUUGCGGAAAGGAUAGCGAGUACUCUAGAAAUGACGAGAGAAGAAGUGCAGACAUGCUUCCACAAAGCAAAAGCAACACUUGAAGGUCUAAUGCGACUUGACGAAGUUUACGAAGACAAAUUACAGAUUAUGGAUUUCAACGACUCAACUUUAAGGGUAGGCUGUUUUUUCGCUUGUUUAGGCCAAAAAAAAGGAGUGAUGACGGGUGCGCGUGUAAAUGUGGACUACAUAAAGGAGAUACUCUCCCACAAAAAAGUUGAAGAUAAUAUACUCGCCAGAAUAUUACAAGCACUUGAUGGUUGUACCAAUAAAGUUAGAAGCAUAACCAACGAGUGUGAAGUGAGCCUCAAAUGCAUUAUGUGUUUUACGCAUGAAAUGGAACGUAUAUACAGUAGUAUUUAUAUCGAUGAGUAAAUAAGAAAUGAUUCAUAUAAAGCUGUUCCUUAUUUGAAAUUGGAGAGAAGGGUUCAAGAAAAUAUGUUCUUGCUUGAAAGAAAUAAGGAAGUUUUUUAUAGAAUUUCAACAUCCAUACUGUGCUUGCAUAACUUUCCAUUUUAAUAAGAAAAAGACGCUUGUCAGUUUCCUACUAUCACAAAUUUGACUUUGAAUAAAAUAUAUGGUGGAAGUAAUUUUCCACUGUUAUAUAAAUUAUGUAAUCUAAUUUAAGCAACUGUGUCCGCAAUAAUGAACAUUCGCAAACCGUUGUAUAAGAGAAAGAUAAUAAAAAAACAAAUUAUAUUGAUUA